AACUGGCAAAGUCUGUAAUCAAAGUUGUCAUCGACCAGAAGGAUGCAAAUAUCAAAAAAGAAAAAAUUAUCGUAGAAAAAAGCAAGCCGAAUUACUUAAAAAAUAUAAUCAUGAGAAUGAAUAUGUAAAAUUAGAUGAAAUACCUUAA